AUGGUCAAUUCAACAGCAGCGUCAGCAACUGUUCUAUCAACAAACUUAACUUCAUUCGUUUAUGAAGAUUUAAUUUCUCAUGUUCAAAGAAUUCAACAUCAAAUGAUUGAAAAUGUAGAAUAUCUUGAUAAUCGAUGGAAAAAUGAAAUAAAGAUACGAGAGGAAUUAGAGUCACAUUCAAUAACAUUCGUAGAUCCAUAUGGAAACCCAAUAACUAAUCAGUAUAUGAAUCAUGAAUUAAUCGGCACAUUGUUUAGAAAAUACAAGAAGUAUUAUGUUCCAAAAUAUUUACAAAACUGGGUUAAAAUUGGAACAGUUAGUGAAAAUGUUAUUUCACCAUUAAAUGAGUCUGAAUUGAAAUCAUCUGUUUCGAAAUAUCCAAAUGGUUAUCGAUUUAUUAUGUAUGGUGAAUUGAAUAUCUUAAUAGAAUAUCGAGAAGAUGUGCCGCGUCACAAAUUUGUAUUACUCGUUCUCCUAAUGGAUAAUAUCGAGAAGAUUAAAAUGCAAAUACAAAAACUUCGAAAACUUCCGAACAUCGAACUAAAAUCAUUUAUAUUAGAUAAAGAUUCUCAAACGAAUAAUCAGAAUUGGAGUAAAGGUCAAACAUUCAAGUCAGAUGAUACUAUUUUGUCAUGUCAAUUAUAUCAAGAUAAUUCCGUCAUCGUAGCAAAAGUUCUGCAUGAAAAAAUUAAUGUUAAAGAAUCCAAUAAUAAUUUUCAAAUGUUUGUGAAAACCCUUACUGGAAAGACAAUUACUUUAAAGGUCAGUUCUCACAUGAAUCCAACUGCAGUAAAACAAUUGAUACAACACGUGGAAGGCAUUCUUCCUGAUCAACAACGUCUAAUGUUUGCUGGAAAACAACUAGAAGAUAAUACAACUCUUUCAGAAUAUAAAAUACGAAAGGAAAGUACGAUUCAUCUAGCGUUACGCUUACGUGGUGGAAUGUAUCAUUUUACAAGUGGUCGACAAGAUUUUCAACAUUUACCAAAUACAGGAGCUGAAGCAAUAAAAAAUAUUCUUGCAUUCAAGUUUGAACAAAUGAAUCGUGAUGAAGGUUUGUCACCAGCCGAAUUGCAGAAUGCUAUUUUAGAAGGACAAGUUGUUCUUUCCAAAUUAUUUAAUGAAAUCAAAAAUUUUUCUGUAUCUGAUAAUCUCUCACAUUUAAAAAACAUUAUACUAUCGAAUAUUGCUGAUAAUGAAGAUGAAAAUGAUAGUGACGAAGAAGAAGAAGAUGAUGAUGUUUCAAACGAUCCAUAA